AUGUCGCCUGCUGAGCAGCUUCCCCUGGUCGGAGGCGUCAGCAUCGGUGGUGUGGGAGUGACGGGAGGAGUUCCAGUUGCCUACCAACUGGCGGCCAGCACAAGCGGUGGAGCUGGUGGUGCAGGCGGUGGCUCUGUGGGGGAUCCUGGUGGCGUCGGUGCUGGCGGUGGUGGUGAUAAGCUAAAGGAAAUGCCCGAUAAAUAUGUGGUGGCAAUAUCCCAGUUCCUUGACUGGCAUGGCAACGAGACCUCGGACAUGGAGCGGCUAAGUGGACCGAUCCUCAAGUCGAGCAUCAAAUCUGUGUACUGGCUAUUCCUUAUCCAAUAUGCAGCCCUGGCCGUGCUGGGCGUUGUCCUCAACGUGGCCAUUGUGGUGUACAUAAUGUACCAUCGAUUGUACAAGGAUGUGACACAUGCGUUCAUCAUCAAUCUGGCGCUAUGCCAUUUCGUCCAGUGUGCCCUCGUCCUGCCCGUUUCCCUGAUGGUGAUGCUCAUCCAGAACUGGAUCUUUGGUCAGUUUCUGUGCUUCUUUCUGCCCAUGCUGCAGGACAUUCCCCUUCAUGUGGCCAUGAUCUCACACAUCCUGAUCGCCUGGGACCGCAUGCGUUGGCUAAAUGAUCCUUUGAAAGGACGUCUGCCGGGCUUUGUCUGCUGCUGUGCCACCUGGCUCACCGGGAUGGUGAUUGCUCUGCCCUAUCCCAUCUAUACCAUCUAUGUGGAACUGGGG